AUGGACAAUGGCAAGGAAGUAUUUGCAAAGCUUCCAAAUCCCAAUGCUGGCCCUGCACGAUAUGUGACCGCAUCAGAGGUCGCUACAAGGGAAUUUCUCCGUGAGGUUGUCAAAUUACCUAUUCCUCAGGCUUUUGCGUGGUCGUGUGAUCCAGAAAACCCAGUUGGAGCCGAGUAUAUCAUCGAGGAGAAAGCCCCCGGUACGAGCUUGGGAAGUUUGUGGCACCGCUGGCCUCGAGAAUCAAAGCUUAGGGUGAUUAAACAAAUUGUUGACAUUGAACAUACGCUUACAACGAUCAAAUUCACCAAACAUGGCUCUCUUUAUUUCAAAGGAGAUCUGCCUGAUUCUUUUCAGGGAAAGAGUGACAAUCUAUCAGUUGAGACAUCUAGACAGCCGGCCACUCUAGGCCGCUACGCUAUUGGGCCCCUUUCCAAUGCAGAACUCUGGCGAAGCGGCCGAGAAACUAUGAAUCUGGAUAGAGGGCCUUGGCGACGACCUGAGGAUUAUGCAAAGGCUAUGGGAAACAAUGAAAUAGCGUGGAUCAAAAAAUAUGCAUCUCCUCGAAUGAACUACUAUGUAUCUCUCAAAGAUCCUGAGCUCCCUGACCAGGCGCUUGCCCUUCUCUUGAAAUAUCUGGAAGCUAUCCCCCAUCUGAUCCCCAAUGACCCUGAAGCUGCUACAAAUGUCCUCUGGCAUCCCGAUCUCCAUCUCGACAACGUUUUCGUUGAUCCAGCAACAGGUAAAAUUACCAGCAUAAUUGACUGGCAAGGUGCUAGUGUUGCACCAAUGUUUUACCAAUCCUGUGUACCUAGGAUGUUCAGGCAUUAUGGUCCAGUUCGAGAAGGCUGGGUUGUCCCAUCACGACCAGACAAUUUCGAUACGUUGGGCGCUGAAGACCAAGCACGAGUCGACCAAGAGUUGGAGAAUGAAACGAUGCACAAAUAUUAUGAAGCAAUGGUUGCUAAACACGCUCCUCAUCACUGGAGAAUAUUAAAUCAGCAAAGAGAUAUCAAUCACAGACGCAGGCCAACAUGGCUUGUGACUGGAGUGUGGGAGAACAAGGAUCUUUUCUUCCUGCGUUAUAGUUUGAUUUCCAUUGCGGCUUUAUGGGACAGGCUGCGACCUGAUGAGAUGACAGAAUGUCCGGUUAAUUUCACACCGGAAGACCUGUAUCGUCAUACCAAAGAGGAUGAAAAUAUGACUGGGAUUGGAAAGAUGCUCAAACUAUUUCGAGACCAGGAAGUUUUACCUGUGGAUGGGAUGGUCGACCCAGAGGAUAUUGAGGCGGCGAAGAUGAACUCUCAGAAAUUCAAGGAUGUAUUCGUUGGACUGGCAAAGGAUGAGGAAGAAAGAGAGCUUUUCUCGAAGCUCUGGCCAUACCAAGACCAAGAAUGCGAGUAA